CCGAGCAGCGCCCAGACCCGACGGACCCGCAGCGCCACGCACAGAGCGCCUUCUCCGCAACAGCCCUUCCUGCAGAGAAGCCCCACCCUCCCAAAGCCAAGAUGUCCAGCAAACGGGCCAAGGCCAAGACCACCAAGAAGCGACCGCAGAGGGCCACUUCCAAUGUCUUUGCAAUGUUUGACCAGUCCCAGAUCCAGGAGUUUAAGGAGGCCUUCAACAUGAUCGACCAGAACCGCGACGGCUUCAUUGACAAGGAGGACCUGCACGACAUGCUGGCCUCGAUGGGGAAGAACCCCACAGAUGAGUACCUGGAGGGCAUGAUGAGUGAGGCUCCCGGGCCCAUCAACUUCACCAUGUUUCUCACCAUGUUUGGGGAGAAGCUGAACGGCACAGACCCUGAGGACGUGAUCCGCAACGCCUUCGCCUGCUUCGACGAGGAUGCCUCAGGUUUCAUCCACGAGGACCACCUACGGGAGCUGCUUACCACCAUGGGUGACCGGUUCACAGAUGAGGAAGUGGAUGAGAUGUACCGUGAGGCGCCCAUCGAUAAAAAGGGCAACUUCAACUAUGUGGAGUUCACCCGCAUCCUCAAACACGGCGCCAAGGACAAGGAUGACUAGGCCAUUCCUACUCCUCCCUAUACCCAGGCCUCCCCCAGUCGCCUCCCCCCACACUCACUCACCUGUACCAUCUCCUUGCCCACAGCCCCGCAGAACCCUCACAGGGGAUCCUUCCUCUGAGGGUUAGGGCCCUAGCUCCCAUCAGAGGAAACAGGCCAACAGAUGGGCAAGUGCCAGGCAAGCGCACGGUCAACUUAAGGCAGGUGCUCCCACCAUGCCCCAGAGAUAUGGGAGUCAUUGACCCAUCCCAGGAAGGACUAUCUUCCAGGGAUGCGCCAGAAGGGCAGGACCUAGAAGGACCAGGGGAAGGCUCCUCAAGGGAGCCCAGGCUUCAGCUAUGGCUUGCCCGGCUCUGGGCUGCCACCUAGGAGGAAAGGGCCCUGUGUCCAGGUGUCUGAUACCACCUCACGUGCAACCCCAUAUAGGGCCUGAAAGCCCUUUCCCAGCCACUGCCACAAACACAAACCUCACCAAGGUCCCCCCUCAGUGGACAGGACCCCUCCCCUACACCCUGCCUAGCGGCCAGAACACACCCCACCCCACCUUGGGCAUGUCCUCAAGAAGAUGCACACAGCGUGGAAUUUGGGCCAGGGGAGGCGAAUCUCAAAUAGAAGGCUGAGCACUA